AGUUUCAAGACCAACUCAUUCGAUCACUUCUCAUCAACAUGUCAAGAUUAACUCCACUGGUGAUCGAUAAUGGUACAGGUUAUUCUAAAAUGGGUUUUGCAGGAAACUCAGAUCCAUCUUUCGUGUUUCCAACAGCAAUAGCCACAAGAGUAGGCACCAGUAGUGGAGGAAACUCAUCAACUCCAGCUAUAGCUGGUAGACCUACUAUACCUAACAAACCAGGAACAUUAUCAUCUUCAUCUAAUCUAGCUACCAAACGUGGUAUAGAUGAUUUAGAUUUCUUUAUUGGUCAUGAAGCCAUUUCAAAUUCAAAAACUUAUAAUUUAAAUUAUCCUAUUAGACAUGGUAUGAUUGAAGAUUGGGAUUUAAUGGAAAGGUAUUGGCAACAAACGAUUUUUAAAUAUUUAAGAGCUGAACCUGAAGAUCAUUAUGUUUUAUUAACCGAACCACCUUUAAAUCCACCUGAGAAUAGAGAACAAACAGCAGAAAUCAUGUUUGAAGGUUUAAACAUUCAGGGAUUAUAUAUUGCUGUUCAAGCUGUUUUAGCAUUAGCAGCAAGUUGGUCUAGUAAUAAAGUCACCGAUCGUACUUUAACCGGAACAGUAAUCGAUUCAGGUGAUGGAGUCACCCACGUGAUCCCAGUCGCAGAAGGAUAUGUGAUCGGGUCAUCCAUUAAACAUAUUCCAAUAGCAGGAAGAGAUAUAACUUAUUUCGUACAACAAUUACUUAGAGAUCGAAAUGAAUCAUCUAAUAUACCAUCAGAUGAAUCAUUAAGAAUCGCUGAAAAGAUUAAAGAAGAUUAUGGUUAUGUUUGUGGUGAUAUGGUUAAAGAGUUUCGAAAGUAUGAUUCAGAUCCUGAUAAAUAUAUUAUUAAACAUGAAGGCUUUGAUUCUAGAACUAAUAAACCUUAUACUAUAGAUGUAGGAUACGAACGUUUCUUGGCAGCAGAAGUUUUCUUUAAUCCAGAAAUCUAUAGUUCAGAUUUUUUAACACCAUUACCAGAAGUAGUAGAUAAUGUAAUCCAAACCAGUCCAAUUGAUGUUCGUAGAGGAUUAUAUAAAAAUAUCGUUUUAUCUGGUGGUUCAACUAUGUAUGAUCAUUUCGGUAGAAGAUUACAACGUGAUUUGAAAUCGAUCGUAGAUGAUCGUCUAUAUGAAUCAGAAGUAGCUUCUGGUAAUCUAAUUAAAUCAACUGGAAUUGAUGUGAAUGUGAUCAGUCAUAAACGUCAAAGAUAUGCAGUUUGGUUCGGUGGAAGUUUGAUGGCUUCAACCCCUGAAUUUUAUAGUCAUUGUCAUUCGAAAGCUGAUUAUAUGGAAUACGGUCCUUCGAUUUGUAGAAGAUAUCAAAUCUUUGGUUCUGCAACUUAACAUGUUUUUUUUUCUUUUUUCUUUUGACUUUAAUGAGUUAAUUUUUUUUAAAGAAAACAAAAAAACAUUAAAAUGAAUGAAUGAAUGUAGAUUUAGAUUUAGUAUUGAUUGAUUGGUUGAAUGAAUGAAUGAAAAUUUUAUAUUAAGAAGAUAGUUGGUUUGAAUUCAAAAUAAAGUGAAAUCAAGACUUUUUUUUUUUUCUCAAAGUGAUAUUUUUCUAUCUAUGGUGUGAUGAUGAAUGAAGAUGAAUGAAGAUGAUUUCUUUCAAAUGUUUUUUUGUCUCAUAUCUUAUUUUACACUUGUUGUAUUUGCGAAAACAAAUUCAAAUUCAAAAAUCCGUUUUUUUUAUAGAGC